GACGCGGUGCACGCGCACUUUCAGGUACUCGCGUGGACGGUCCGACGACGGGGUCGAUUUUCCGUCGCGCGUUUCCUCCCCGACCGAGAACGAAUCGACCAGUAGUAUGAACGUCCCCCCCCCCUCCUCCUUAUUUCCGAGUGGGCUCGCGAUACGUUUACCGUCUUCCGGAUGAUAAAUCACGUGAUAUGAUUCGAUGUAACCGACACGCGGACUGUUGUUCAACGGGUUUUCGGUAUUUCUCUACCUCUUCGAAGAGCACACGAACGACUCGAACUGUUGUUCACGGACCGUACGAAUGCGACGAAAUACUAACUCUUACUUCUUUACUUCCGUCGAGGAGAUCGAUACGAAUUUCUUCGAAUUCAGAACGACGAAAAGAUCACGAAAGAUUCGAACACUGGAUCGGGUGUACGAUCGGCUACCAUCGAGGAAAGCCCGUCGAAAACUGCAGACUCCAGGACGGUAUUGGACAAGUCCUGGAGGACAAAAAGAAAGUCACCAUAACCCAAAUAAGUUGUACUAUUUUUCCGUUAACAGUAUUAUAA